AUGAUGUUACCAAUACUAAAGAUUUAUAUAUUACUUAUAUUUGUGAAUAUCUUGUUGUAUACCGUGAACGGUGGCUCUGAAGAUGAAGCGGUAGCCCCGGAGGUACCCGAAUGUAAAUACCCAAAAAAGGACGGCGUGGCCACCUGUCCCAACGUGACCACAGGUGGGGCCAUACCUAAGCUCAUGCAAUGCGCCAACAAAAUGAAACACGACUUCAUGGGCUUUUGUAAAAAUCCACCGUCUGAGCAACUGUUAGACAAACUGCGGGAACAGUGUCUGGAGGUGUGUAUCCUUCCCUGUCUUCCCACGGAUAUGAUGAACGUAGGGCUGGGAGACUGCGAUAUCGAUGUCACAGGGAUGGAGCUCUCGAUGGAUAUGUUUUGCGAUAAGAAAAAACAAAAACUGGGUAAAUCAUGUGCGGCCAGUCUGUUCAAGAAGCAUAAGAACGAAUACAUGGAUUUAUUCAAUAAGAAGAUUCACAUGAUUUGCAAACUUUGUUUCAGUUUUUAU